UUAACGUCUGUUUACAAAUGGACGCUCCGAAGGGUGGGAACUUAUAACGUUAUAGUUAAAGGCAUAAAGGUCUACAAAAUAAGGAAUAGUUUUAAAAAUCAUUUAGAUCACAAUCUUUAACACAGAAUCUAAAUAAAUUCUAUAAUGAUUUUUUACCCUUAUAAAUAAUAAUUCAUAUGUUAUUUAUUAAUAGGCCUCCUUUUAAAAUUUUAAAUUUUAGUUUAGUUUGCCUAGCCCUAGACGUAGACCUACCUGAACCUAGCUAGACCUAUGUCUAGGUCUUGUGAGUCUUCUUAGUUACACUUAGUAGUAUGUCUUAGGUAUACAAAAAACCAUGUGACAUUGAUUUUAAUGAUCAGCCACUCAGUCAACUCAAAUGUGAGUGGACAAUUGGUGGUAGGGUAUGCUGGUAGGUAGGCUUAUUUUUUUAAUAGGUCCCUAUAUUAUAAAUGUUUAUUAUAUGUAAAUUGAGUGAUCAAUUAUUGUGACUGUUUUAAAAGCUUUAACUCUUUUAUAAUUAUGGCCAUGGCUGCUGCUAAAUCAAGUCUUGUUGAGCAUACACCUACAUGACUACAUAGUGACAUGUUCAUACAUAAAAUGAAAAGAACUAUCAUUUCAUUGAAAUAUAAAUUACUGCAAUUAAUAAAAAAGCUAAUAAAUUAACUAGAUAGCAUCAUUUAUUGGUUUACUCACUAUGGAAAUAUUUUUUUUUUUGGACGAAUAUUCCAUAUUAUUUAUACUAACUUGUAAAACAUUUCUGUUAGAGAAUAAAAACAAGAAGGUGAGUCUGCUUUAGUCUAUUGGGUAGAUAAGGGCAUAAAUACUGUUUAUAAAGAUGUUGAAAAUGAAAUUGUAAAUCCAUUGGUUCCUGUUGCACUACAGUCGGUGCAGGGCUUUGGCCAACCUCACCACCAUACAAUUCCUUGUUGGUUCUUAAUUCACUUUCUAUAUUCAUCCUUUUUGGCUCAUAUAUAUAUUUCGGAUAACUUUUCUCUUCAAUGUGUUUAAUAAGUUUUCAGUUGUUUUUUUAAAGUCCCGUCCAAGUUUCACUGGCGUAUGUCACUUAUGAUAUUAUUAUGAAAUAUUAUUUGCUUUUUUUUUUUUUGUAAUGCUUUCCCUUUGACUUUGAGUAUUUUUUAAAUAAAAACAAUAUUAUUAAUUUAACUUGGUAAACUUGUGUUGUACCGAAUAAACUGAAGCUGUCGUCUGGAUCUAGCCUGUGGGCUGUCGUUCGCCGACCCCUGGUCUAGUACUGUUUUUUUUUUUUACCAAGUAGAGAUCAUUUAGGCCUAAAGAUUAGUGAUACCAUUCAUUUUAAGUCAGAAUAACUUUAAAAUUGUUAUUUUACCUGUACCUGUUUUCCUUAAAUGCAUGCCAUUUCAAGAUGUCAUUACCCCUCAGGCGUCAUCACAGAAAAAUAGAAUUGACUAAGAGAGUUUUAAUAUUUUGUAAUCUUUGAAAAUCUGAAUAAAUCUAAGUAAAUUUUAAAAUAUAAUUUAAUAAUAUAGACAUGAUAAAAAAAAAAUUAAUUAAUUUAAAGUUGAUUCCACCUACCAUUACUAGGCCUACUUUAAAAAAAAUAGUAUUUAUGCUCUAUAAUAGGCCUAUUUAAUUUUAAUAUAUAAUGACAAAGGGCCAAAGGCCUAGUUAUAACAAAUAGCCUUUAUUUAUAUUGAUUAAGAUGUAAACUCUUAUAUAUUUUGAAAAUCCUGUCAUUCUCAGACUUGUUAACAUUCUUUAAAAUCCAACAUCACUGUGUUUUCAAGAAUGGUAGGGAUGUCUUAAUUUUUAAAUAAGAAAAUGCCUUCACUGUAUUUGACCCUAACUAAAUCUAACUUUCAAAUCUAAAACUUAAUGAGAUACAUUUAAUUAUUUAUUUAUUAUUUUUGUGUUGCUUUUUAUUUUUUUUGCAGAUGAAUAAACUUAAACAGCACUCGACUCAUCAAAAGACGGAAAAAUAAAUAAUUCAGUACUCUGAAACCUGUUUGAAAUUGUUUCAAAAGAUAGGAUAAAUAAUGUCAAUGGCUGCCAAGUCAGUUCUUAUUUGGGUUAAAGCAGAGCCAUUUAGCUAUGGUACAAUUCCUGUAGCACCUCAUCCACGGCUUAACAGCACGGUAAGUAAUUUGUACCACUUAAAAUAAGCAUAAUAUUAAUUCUCUAGGACAUCAGUUUGCAAAUAACUGGUUUACUGACCAGUACAAAACUGGUUUGUGCCAGUACAAAACUGGUUUGUGCCAUUUUGACAUAUGUGAAGAUGUAGAUAUUUUUUUGUAAAAGGGUAUUUUAGGGAUUUUAAUAUAAAAUUAUAUGAAAAUGAUAAAUCUGAUGUAGUAAUAAUAGUUUCCAUAUAAGCUGCUUAUCCCAGAAAAAGUCAAUUUUUUCUUAAAAUUUUGUUGUUUAAUUUUAUAAUUAGACCUACUGUGUCAUAAAAGGAAAAUAGUUGAAAACUACUGCUCCAGAAAAAAAAGAAAUUAAGUAAAACAUGUCAAAAUCUUAUCCUGGGUAAUAUGUUAUAAACAAUUUGUAAUUGGUGUUCACAAAUAAAUUUGUCCUUUGAUUUUUCAGAAUAUUCGCAAGAUUGUUAUAUACUCAAAAAAUAAAGGUAGUGCCGGUUUUCCAAGACUCAGGUACAGUUUAUUUUACACACUAAAAUACCUAGCUGUGAUUAAGUUAUCAAAAAUAUUUUUUUAAAAGCCAUAAAAUAAAUGCUGGAUUAAUCCAUGCAUUUAGACUCUAGAGAGCCAUAUAUUUCAAAUACUGGAAAUAGAGAAAUUGAAAAAUACUGUAAUUUUUAACAUAUGUUACACAAUUGUUUAGUAAAAAAACUGAAAUAAAUAGUUGUUGCAGUUUAAUUAUAUUGAAUAUUUCCACAACAGUUACUCUAUGUGGCAGCACAUUGCUUGCAACAAGCUUCAUCUCUCAGAAGACCUUGCAUGGAUGUGAGUAAAGCUAAGUCAAAUUAUUUUUUUCAUUUUAUGAAAUAUGAUUACAAAUAUUGAAAAUUCAAGUAUGGUUUUCUACAUAAAACUGACAGUCAUCUGAAUCUGGAUUGUUACCUAAGUUUAAUUUGUAGAUCAAUAAAAAGAGUCAAUUUUGUCCUAAACUGGUUGCAUAUACAAUCUGAUAUUUUUUGAUAUGUGAUCCUAUAUUUUCUUGAGAGAAUCUUAAGCAUGCACACCUAAUAUAAAUGCUCUAAAGACACAACAGUGUUCCGUUUGACGAUUCUAGGUGUGCCACAUGCAAAAUUCCUCAACGGGGAUGAAAACCCAAAAGACAAUAAAAAAUUGAAUGAAACAAAAGGAACAAGGAUUGGCUUUUUAACAAGCCGUCAAAUGUUUGAAGUCAUAGAGCACAUUUGCAUGUUUCAAUUUGGCUGGUCACUUGACAAAUUCACCAUCUCAGUGUGCCUCAAGCACACCAUUAAAAUAUCUCUCUGUCACUUUGGCCUUUGAUCCCAUGCUUUUCACUUUGAUUGCUGGUUGUUCUAUUGUUAUUUGCCCUAAAAUAUGAGCACAAUUUUUUAUGUUACAUAACUUUUUAUAAAGAAUAUUAUGGUGCAUAUGAACAAUAUUUUAUAUUAUAAUGCUUGGUAUAAAGAAUAUACUGGUUCAUGUGUUUUUAACCACGAUACAAAAUUUAAAAAAAAACAUUUAAAAUGUUAGUGUUUGAAAAUGAUAGUAAAUCAGGUCGUUGUUUUUUUGUUUUUUUUCAUCUUUUAAUUGUGGUGUGCCUCAUAAAUCUGGGAAAGGUCUAGGUGUGCCGGAAGGGUUGCGGGGCACUUCUCUAUUUGACAAUGAUAUGGAGUCACUUACCGUUAUCAGAGUUGUUUGAUCUUUAAACUAUAUAAAUGUAUGUAAUGCCAGGAAUUUACUCUUUUCAAUUGGUUUCUCUCCCCUAGGUACUUUCAGACUUGUCUAUUUUUUACUGAGAACCCUUCCUCAAUAGAAUGUAUUGAAAAAAAUGAAAGAUUUGCUUUAUGUAAAGACCAGCAUGAGAAAUGUGAGUGGUGUGACCAUAUUUGUUGAAAGCAGAGAAAUGUAUACAUUUUUUUUGCAUUUUAAAUAAAUUAUUAUAUAUGUUAAUACUUGCAUUGCCUGCACAAAAAAGCUAAAAGCUGUUUAAUGUGACAGGGAAAAAAAUCUACAUCUUCACAGAAUCCUGUUUUCUUAGUCUUAUUACCGUUCUCCAUUUUAUUAUAAAUGAUGUAAUGUUUAGAUAACUCAACCCAAGCUAGUGCGUUAUUUCAAGAAGAUGCAGUGAUAUUUAUUUCAGCAAACCUCUUGUCCUUUCUACAAUAACACCAACCAAAUUAAACAAUCUCAAUGCUUGACAUCUCACCCAACCAGCUAAACUGGCCGCCCGUGAAUCGGUGAAUCUCUACAAGUUUGUUAUGUUUCUGAGCAUGCAGCAGCUGUACAGGAUGUCUCUGAGGACGUCACUGGUUGCUGGGGAUGAGUAUCCUUUGUCCUAAUUGCGGGCCUCAUUUUAGACAAUCCACGGUGAUUGAUUGGACCUAGACUGGGAUAGUGUUGUUUUUAAUUUAUCCAAAAUAUCACUUCAAUAGUGCAGGUCAAAUUAUGUUUCACAUGCUCAGCAGUGCCGUCAGCUUAACUUGGGUUUUGGUUAAAUUUGCCACUAAAAAAUUGUUACGUAUUUUAGGCAAAGAGAACAUUCUUUGUAUUUUUUAAUUGCUUGCUUAUUGAUACGGAAUAAAUGAUGAAUCCUAUGUUCAAAAGAAUUAAAAACGGAACUGAUGUGGCCAUUUUACUGCUUAAUAUUAUAUAGAUGUUAUUAUAAUAUUAUAAAGGAUAAUAAAUGAACUACUGCCUGACUGAUAUAAAACUGCUGUAUUUUUUGUAAUAAAUGUUAUUAUAAUAUCAUAUAAAUUUAUUUAACCUUAUAUUUUCUAAUUGAGACAAUAUAAGAAUUUAUUCAGUUAUUGCAAAAAUGUUGAGAAUUUGAGCAGUCAGUCUAAUCAGUUUUAUUUCAGUCCCACUGUGUGGCAAAAUUUGUAGGAAAAUGGUGCAGCAACACUGUGCUACAUAUUAUUAAAUACACUUUUUUUACAUGAAUACUUUAAAUGAAUCAGCCCACGUAAGUGUUUCUUAGAUAAUAAAAUGACUUAAUGAUAAUAUUUACAAAUUAAAAGUAUACGUUGCGUUAAGCUUGUAUGACGCCUUGACCCAGUUACCUAAGGUGGCCCAGUACGUCAAGUUCAGCCACAACUUGUGACCUGGACGGUAGAUCUACACCUAGAGGAGGAACCACCAAAGUAAGAAAAUAUUCACUGCUAUAAUAUUACCCUCUGGUAAUAAGGGUAAGAGGCUUCAAUCAGGUUAGAUAAAAUGAAACGGGCGAAACAAAGUACUUGGGAAACCUUUGUUUUGCUCAUUUUAAUUUUACUAUAGAAGCUGAUCACCCAUAUUAUACCUGUACAUUGAUUCAACUGACAAAUGACGCUCCCAUCUUUUCAUUAAGUCCUUUUAUCACAUAGGAGAUAAUUUAGAAUGCACUACAAAAGAUACUGUAAUAUGUAUGAUUACGGGCAAAGAAAAAUUAGUUAUGUAAUGGUUCAUAACCAUAAACAAUUUGUGCGUAACCAGGGCAAGUGUGACAUCCCAAAAAAAAACUAGUUAACCCUUAGAGUUAAGGACUUGUUGCUAUCAAUGCUUGUCUAAAGCAGUCACAAUGAGCUAUGCAGGCUUUAAUGUUUUUGCAAGUUUUUAUAUUAGAUAUUUUUUAAAACUCUUUACUGUGUCUCGGCUAAUUUAGAUGUAACCAAAGUUCAGAAAUGCACAAAUUUUAUCAAUUUUUUUAAAAAAUGUAUCAAGUUAUAUAAGAUAAUGACCAUAAGAUUAACCCACGGCUUUAUCCCCAGUCUCUUGAUGACCACAGUCACCAUCUGUUUAUACAGAACAACAUUGGAGAGCUCACAGACCUGAUCUCAGACGAAGGUAAGACAUGAAGAAUAUUUUUACAAUUUGAUUAGGGUGUUAAUUAUUUUAGACCUGAUCUCGGGCCUAAACUGAUACUCAAUAAAAAAAAUCAGUAAAAAUCAUUUUACUGUGCUGUUUGUAGAGAUGCAAUCAUCAUCACUGGCUGACUAAAUAAUUAUGUUAAAGGAUUAUUUUAUUGUUGACCUUAAAAAAAAAAAAAAUCCACGCUUGCUGAAUAGUUCCAAAAAGACUUCAUCUGCUCAACAAAAGUAUUCACACUGUCCAAAAAAUACAAAUCACAUGUGCAGCAUUUUAACUCCCUUCCUUCAUUAGUAUAUCCUUAUAUCCUUAAGCCUGGUGUUGAUAUCAUAGAGGCCAUGGGUUCUGAUAGAAAAAAUUAUCUUUACAAAUAUAUGUAAAGAAUGUGAAAACAAAAUAAGAGAUGCUGAACAUAAUUGUACAAAAUAAUUCCAACCUUUAGCUGUGGGAGGGACUUCUUCCCCCAAACAUUUGUCCCUGGAUGCUGUGGAGGCACUUGGCUUUGUGUUGAUUGGCAGGACAGAAAACUCUCCGUAAGCCUCUGUUGUUUGAUUGAUAAAAGUAAUCUCUAAAAGUACACAGAUAAUAUCUUUGAUGUAUCUAAUAUCUCGAAUCACACAGAUAAUAUCCUUGAUAUCUGUAAUAUCUAGAAGUAGAAGUACACAGAUAAUUUCAUUGAUGGAUGUAAUAUAUAGAAGGUCACAGAUGACUCUGUAAGUCUCUGCUAUUUCAUUGCUAUAUGUAAUAUAUGUAAUAUUUAGAAGUAUGCCAGAUUCAUGUCUAAUAACUUAUGAACUAAUAAUAUGUCAAAUUCUUUUCUCAAAAUAAUUUCGUUUAAAAUCAUGAAAAGGAACUUACAGCUUUUUUGUUACGCUCUGUCCAUAAAAUAUGUGAGUAAGUGUAACUGAUUGAGUACACAAAUGUUGAUGGUCUUUUGUUUAUUUCUGACGAUAGGUCUUUGAUGCAGCUUCAUGACCUUGCUUGUCUGCAGACAGUACAGCAACUAUCAGGUUAUCAAAAGGUCUCUGUUCAAAUCUAUAACAACUGUUAAAAUGUUCUUAUAUUAAUCAGUACCUUACCAUGAGCCACUGAUGUCUGCUCACAAAUGUAUCACAUCUGGUCACAGUCCACUUACAUGCAACCACAUUUGGUUACUUUGAAAGCGAAAAAAUGCCCAGACUCUUUCCAGACCUACAAAAUAUUUUUAAAAGUUGAGAUAUAGUGAGUGGCUUUAACCAAUAGCACUUAAACCUGACUGCUGAACAUACAUGAACUUUAUUUCAAACAUUGAACACUAUUGUAAAUGAUGAGGAAAACAUGGAAACAGACAAAUCCAUUGUGGGCAUGGAUAUCAAUCUGUUUAGAGGAGAGUGGUCUCCCUUACGGCUGUGGGCAUCACAUGGGAGAUAACCAUUUUGAAACUACAGACUUAUAACCUGAACACCGCAGUAAGACAAACGAAGCCAAUUACCCUCCAUUCCAUCAGACACUCAUUCCCGCAGCUCUUGCGAAGUAGGCCAUCGUCUGAAGGCCCUCCAGGUGUCCAUGGGGCUUUCCAAGCCAUUUUUAUAUUGAUAAACACCAGGAACCUCCUCUAUAAAUUCUGUAAAUUCUGAAAUUUCCCACGAACCGAGUCAUUCACUGCAAAAAAAACAAAAAAAGCAUAUUAAUUAAGCCAAACACAAAGUAUCAAUCAUCUCAAUCAAUCUUGAACAAACGUAUUUUUUUUUUUUUUUUAAACAUUCAAAAUAUUUUUAAAAUUCCACAGGCAACCAAGACAUUUCCAACACGUCAGUUCACCAUGUGGUUGAAAGAGUGCCUGGUUCAAAACCCUUUCAACGUAUCAGCCUGCAUAGCCUCUGGGACAAGACUGUCUUGGCCUUUUAUAGGUGAGCUGGAUAGAUAGGUCUCCACGUAGAAAUUCUUUGCUCACUGUACAAGAUAUUUUAGAAUGAAUUCUCCUAAAAAAAGAAAUGUGAAUGGUUUUUUCUAAGAAAUUACCUAUAAAUAUAUAUUCAUUAUUCUGUACCUGACCACCAUCCACCACAAAUACAUGAAUAAAAUUUAGCUUCACUUUGUACUGUGUUUACUGAUGGCAAGCUUCAGAUCUUCAGAGUUCUAGUUAUAAUAAAAGGUUUAAAUUAUUGUUUUUUUUCCAGGGGAAGAUCAGAAAUCUGACCAAAGUCACAAGAGAGGAAAAAUUGCAACAAAUGCGCCAUCCGUUCCUAAGGAAUAUGUAAAAGGGUAAUUCAAAUGUGUGUUUGACACAUUUUGAGAAAUGUAGAGAAGUCACGGAAGCAAUGCUGUUUGUCAUAAUCACUUUAGAUUCGCGUUUCUCAACCAGUGCUCUGCUAAACCCUAGUGUAGGCCAAGUUUUAAAAUAAACUCCUACUGUGAUGGUGAAAACAGAUUGCUACAUUAACAAUACCGAGAUAACACUUUUCUUUUUUUUUUUUUUUACAAGGAACAUUCAUUCUUCACCAAGAACUUUUUUCAUAUAAUACCUUGCUUUUCCUUUUAUUUUGUAUUUUUUAUAUUUCAUAUAGCUUACUAUAUAAAAAAAAUGCAGGAUAUCAGUAUUUUAAUUACACAACCAGAGAACCCUAACUUAAUGACUGUGUAAAUUGUUUUUGUUGCAGUUUAUGUUCAAUAGAUAUUUUCUUAUAUUUUUUAACAAAAAUUUCCUAUAGUAACAAGAUGAUCAUCAUGAGUCAAGUCAGCAAACAAACCAUAGCCAGGGUAAGCUUCAAACUCAAAAUCUAUAGUUUUUAAAUAGUAUAAUACAGCCAGGGUAAGCUUGGAACUCAAAAUGUAUAGUUUUUAAAUGGUACCGGGUAUAUAAUAGCCAGAGUAAGUUUUGAACUCAAAAUGUAAUUUUUUAUAUGAUAUAAUAAUAGUCGGGUAAGUUUGGAACUUAAAAUAUAUAGUUUUUAAAUGGUAUAUUACAGCCAGGAUAACUUUAAAUACACUUAUGUAUAUGUCACAUAGUUUUAAAUGGUAAAUAAUAGACAGGGUAACUUAUAACAUAGUUUUUAAAUGGUACAUAAUAGCCUGGAUAAGCAUGAAACACCAAACCUAUAAUUUUUAAUAAAUGGUUUUUUAUAUGUAUAUAUAAAUAGUUCAUCUGCCAAAAUCGAACUUAAACCAUUUCAUUAAUCGUAUUUGUCUUAGUUCUCAAUUUGCAGACCCGUUUACUUAAACGGUUUUGACAUACAAUGUACCAUUUUGAAAUGUCUUUUAUAACCCACCACGUUACAUAUUGUGGCCCGCAUUACAAAUGAACCUAUUUCUUCAUUCAAUUCAGGAUUAUUUUCAUUUUGGCAUAAACGCGCAUCUGAAAUAUAAAUGUAUCAUUUUUUGAGAUGGUACCGGUACACACCAUUUCAGUUUUCCUCGCUCCUUUUUAGCCAGAUUAAAACAAAAAGAUUGAAAUAUUAAUAAAUUAUAAAACAGUUUUACUGUUUAGUAACUAAGAAAAAUGAAAAGGAUUUAUAUAAACACUGCUAGGUAAGGGGAAACUAAUUUUCCUCAACCAUUACAAUUAAAUGUAGAAUAAUGCAAAACUAUAUUCAGGUAUACACAAAAGUGCAUCCCUGCAUUUUGAAUUUAUAAAAAAAAAUUCACGGAAGGGGCUCAGCCUCCUCCCACCUCUGCUCGGGUGACUUCGGCUGGCGCCCUCAAUUUCCUGCCCCCCCCCCCCCCCCCCCCCCCCCCCCCCCCCCCCCCCCCGCCCCGCCCAACCACAUCUUCGUAUAUCAAAGCGGCAAAUGAUGGGAACCUUUUUGUUUUCAACAGUGCAAUAUAUAAUCAACAGUCAUCUACUUUGAGAGGUGAACUUAAUUUGACAUGUGCUGCUCUCUAUGUUUAUUGAUUUACUAUUACAAUAUGGUUGGUAUCGUACUAUCCUGAGGCUACAUAGUACUAUUUUGGGAUUCCAGUGUAAUCAGGUCUGCACAAAUGGAAACACUAAAACAUAUAGUUUUUAAAGCAGUAUAUCAAUGUGUAUAGCACAAAUUCAUUAAUUAAUGAAUUAAACACAAAGUUCCUCAGAUUAUAUAAAAUCUGGGAGCAGAAUUAGGAAAUUGCAAAUAGAAAUUUAAUGAAAUUUUUUUUUUCUCCAUUUUUCUCUUCAUUAAACUGCUUUCAUACAUUAAGAGGUGUCUUUGGACCAGAGGCGUAGCGAGGGUGUUUGGCGCCGGGGGACAAAAUUCACGCCCGGGGACAAGAUCCAUUGUAAAGCGCCCCUUUUUCUUUUUUUUAAACUCUUAAACCCAUUAUUUUCAUCAAUAAUAUAAUAUCAAAGCACAUUUUGGCGCCCCUAACUAGAAUGCGCCCAGGGACAUCUGUCCCCCCCCUGCCCUCCCCUCGCUACGCCUCUGCUUUGGACAGUAGUUGGUGGAACUGAAAUGGUAGAAAUACAAAAAGAACUCAUUCAAACGAAUGAUGUCCAAACAUUCAGGAAACUCCAAAUCAAAUUAAAUACUAUUUCACACAGAGCUCCGGCACUUUGGAAAUGAGCACAGUCAAAAUCCAUCGCAGCCAUCAUUCAUUCCUGUACCUUCUCUCUCCACUCAGGUAACACUUCCCCUGUUUCACAAAAACUAACAGACGAAUGUGGUUUUGAGAGAUAAACAUUGCUGUCAUCGCCCUUGCGAAUGUGUCUUUUGUUUUACAUAGUCAUACGAUUCUUUUAUUAAUCAAAUAAAUUGAAAUGUUGUUUUUUCCUAUUACCUUUACACAUUGAUUUUUUUUAUGUCAAUACCAGUCAAAGUCAACUUGAAAACCAAAGUCCAGUUUAAAGUCAAACCAACAUGGGCAUUUCCAUUGACUCUGUUUCAAACUAGCUUUGCCCUUAGUUAAAUCCGCAAGCUCAUUAGAUUAUGUGAAAGAUUUUUGCCUAUUCCAAAGUUGUUAUUUAUUUAUUUAGGCAUUUUUAUAUAGCGCUUAUCAUAAAGCUCUAAGCGCUUUACAAUUAUUAAAACAUGUAAACUAAGUAAAUACAAAUGAUUGAUUGCCUCUGCCAGGUCUGUAACUAUUGAGAAGUGCAGGAACACAACUCUGAUCCUCGGACCGGUGGAGGCAACUGUUCAUGUCAGCGGCUGUGAGAACGUCACAGUAAUUGCCCCUUGCCGUAGCUUCAUGAUCAGGUCUGUAGGAAAUGUGGCCAUUUUUAAAGAUGGGAAUAUUAUGGAAUAUUUUUAUAAAGAAAAUAAGCCAAGUGCACAUAGUUAUGAAAACUUUUUACAACAUGUUUAGUUACGUUUUGUUUUGUGUGUUUAAAUUGUUACUUAUGUGCCUUGAGCAUACACACCAUGAAUUUUUUUUUUACUUUGGCCUUGAAGCUGAUUGUGUCUUAAAAGAGAAAAAUACUCUUCUUAGCAAAUGAUAUUCACACAAGUUAUAACAAGAUUUUUUUUAGCUCUAAGUAUUCUGAGCGACCUACCCUGAUACCAGCAGAGAGUAACAUUAAAUCUUUAUAUUUUGGUGCUCAACAAUCAAUGUGUGAUGUUUUCUGUUUUUUAAAAUGUUAUUUUCAUAAAUGAUGCCCCCAUCCCACCCCCUAGUGGAUCCACACUGUGCACGCUGUACCUUCUGACACCCCAUCGACCCAUGCUGCUGAGCGGGAACGACACCAUCAUGCUAGCACCUUACCACACCUUCUACCCUACCUUGGAGGAGCAUAUGUUGAAGGCUGGCAUUGGCACAGUGCCCAACCUCUGGGAUCAGCCGCUGUGCAUAGGUGUGUAAUCAGGGUCAUAGAAAUCUUCAGGCUUGUUUCAUAUUUGGACUAAUUAUGUUUGAAGAGUGUUUUACCCAAUUGAUACGACAAGGAUGCAAGCCAGUCAUACUUUAAAUCCUUGGAACUCGAUUUACAUUGAAAAAGGUAUCAAUAUUAUCUGAUGCCACCCAUUUUUUUUCCCCACUUACAACUCAUGCCAUAAGGUCAUUUUUUUGUAUUUAUUCCCGUACCAAUCCCAGGACCUGAUCACAGGGAUGAGCAGCCAGUCUGGCAGAUACUCCCAGAGUCAGAGUUUUACCCCUUCUCUGUACCAUUUGAAAUGCAAGGAUCUACCAAGGUAAUGUGCUGCAUCUGGAUUUUUCAUCAUCAUAAGACUGUUGUUAACCUCAGACUUCAUGGAGGCUGUUGUACCCAAAGUUGAAAACCUAAACCUAUGCCUUUCUUUAACUUAAUCAAACAUUGUUAUGAAGGCACAAAGAAACAUGUAAAUACACUAAAAGUACAAAAGUACAUUAAACAAUUUUUUAGGUUGGCUGUGAAAGAAAUUAGGAAAUGACAUCAUCUUUUAUACAUGUAAUUGUUGUACAGGUGAUACCAGGGAGCCUGCCCACUUAUUACCAGAAAGAGCUCAACAAAAGGCAAAAACAAAUUGACACUUGGCAGCAUAUGGUUAAAGAAGCCGGCCUGUCCCGUGAGCAAAGGAAAGAGUUUCAGACACUGGUAGAAUCCAGAUUUCACGUAAGUCGCACAUUUCACAGUUACCAAACAAACUAUUAUUUGAAGUUUUGCCAUUCACUGACAAUAGGUCAACUGCUUUACCAUUUUCCUUUUGUAAAGUGGGUCAUUUCAGGAAGCAAUUAUUUUAUAAGAUUUAUAAAUAUUGUUUGUUUAAAUUUUUUUGUUUUAGCUAUUAUAUAGACUGAUUCAUUAGUCAGUAUUAUGUCAGAAUUAAUUUGUCUUUUCAUCCUCCCUAAGCAAAAAACAUACACAUUUUUUGCAGAUUUAAUUUUUUUAUUAUGGUAUGUAACAAUAAAUUCAAGUUUGAAAGAAACCAAAUUGAUGUAGCCAGUAUAUAGCUGCUUUUUAAGAAUGCAAAAAAUUCAUUCCAAGUACUGCACAAAAUUAGCAUUACAAUUAAAAGUUUUAAAAUGAAUCUUUAUAACAUUAUCUAAAGUUUACUUCCUAGGUAACUACUGAAUGUGUUCUGCCCCUUUUAAAAAAAAAAAAAAAAAACUGGUCCAGUUUGUGCUAACCAGUGCACUGUGCUUACUUCAUUUAAGAAACCAAAAUGAAGUAGCCAAUAUAUAGAUGCUUUUUUAAAAUGAAAAAAAUUCAUUCCAAGUACUGCACAAAAAUAGCAUUACAAUUAAAAGUUUUAAAAUGAAUCUUUAUAAAAUUAUCUAAAGUUUACUUCCUAGGUAACUACUGAAUGUGUUCUGCCCCUUUUAAAAAAAAAAAAAAAAACUGGUCCAGUUUGUGCUAACCAGUGCACUGUGCUUACUUCAUUCACAUCAUGACUUAUUCAUUGACAGAUUUGGCUGUCAGAGACCGGACACAAGCGAGAACUGGACAGUCUGGUGGUACCAUUGCAGCCAGCCCUGGACAAAAAAUGAAAAUCUAUGUCUAUCAUGAAAUAAUUUGUGCUGUUUUAUCUUUUUAAUUGUGUGCAGAUCAAAUAUCUUGAGAUAUUUAUAUGAUAUUAUUAUUAUUUAACAUUAUUGUUACAUUUGAGACAUGAUGUAAUGAGAAAACAUUUUUUUUUUUAGCACUUGUGAUUUCAGUCAAAUUUAACCCUGUGAAUCCAUGAUGGUCAGGAUACAGCAGUUCAACGGGUUGUGAUACUGUAGACUUUGAGAUGAUGUUGUCUCUGUAUGACGAAUUAAAGUGCCUCGUGAUUUUUUCAGAAAAGUCUUAGAUGAGUCUCACAAAUGAUUUAUUUUUAAUCAUGUUUCAAAGCUGUCCUGCUCUAUCCCAUUUAAGAGGCAGAUUUGUGUCAACAAUGCCAGUUUGUUCCACUAUUUAAUGAUGACUAAACUUUUUCGAAGAGGAUUUGUUCACUUGUUCACCUGCUUGAUUAAAAGUAAAAAUAUCCUCAACUUC